AUGGCGAACUUCGGCGGCGUCGGACUGCGCGACGUUUUCCCCACGUACUGGUCGUUUAUUCAACAAUAUUAUGGAUAUGCCGAUUCCUUCAGCAGGAAAAUCAACCUUGCGGGAUCGUACGGAUGCGAAGUUUCAUCCGAAGGUCCUAGUUUUUUGACUACAUACAAGGAGGCCAAUAUGAGUGUGGGCGUGCUUCCAAAACGGGCGCCAGUUCUGGAAGGCCUCAGACCGAAUUACCAGGUCGGCGAGUACCUUGCAGCCGAGUGCACUUCUGCCCCGAGUCAUCCACCAGCUAAACUCGCUUUUUUCCUCAACGAUAAAGAGGUGAGCAAAGCCCAGAUAAAGGUUCUGCCAACCCUGGGCCUGGAAGACAAGAUCGUCGCAUCAAGUCGGCUGGGAUUCUCCAUUCGUCUGGAGCGUCAUCACUUUCCUGGUGGGACUUUGAGUCUGAUUUGUCGAUCAACCCUGCCUGGAAUCAGUGUCGCCAAGCCCCUAGAAACUGAAGUGACGGCCACUCUGGCAGCAAGCAAUCAAAGGCUUGCCCAGGUCGGCGGGUCCAACAACCUGGGGAUCCUUCUCCUGGACUCUGGCAGGCCUUGCGUUUCUUUCCGUGCACCUGAUUCACGUGUAAAU